ACGGGUGUGUCUGUCAUCCCUUCCACUGUAUGCACUGGUUAUGACAGGACAUGUCCAAUUUGGAGAUGAAGCAUGGUUUCUUGCAGUUGGCUGAGAGUCUGAGUUUUCUGCACAAUGAUGCACAUAUUGUGCACAGGGCUAUUUCUCCACAGACAGUGUUUAUUACUGCAGGUGGAGCAUGGAAGUUGGGUGGCUUUGGGUUUGUCAGAUCUUCUGACAAAAUCGCAGAUGAAUCAGACUCACAAGCAGCCUUCUAUUAUCCUGAAUAUGAUGUGCCAGCAGGCGGAUUGCCUCUCCAGCCGAACCUUGACUAUGUCGCCCCGGAACUCACCCGAAGCAAUGCGGGUGUCGCAUCACCAGCCGCAGAUGUGUUCAGCCUCGGCCUCUUGGUGUAUCGCAUGUUUGCAGGUGUCAGUCUUGUGAACUGCAAUAAUAAUCUAAAGACGUUUACGAGCUCUACGAUGAUGCUUCAAUCGAGGGAUUUCCAUGGCAUUGCAUCCGAUUUGGGAUAUGAACUACGGCGGAUUUUAAAUCUCGACCCAUCUGCGCGGCCGAGUGCAAUCGAGUUCGGUGGCUCGCCAUUCUUCCGGGAUGAUACUCAGCUUAGAGCUCUUCGGUUUCUAGACCGAAUGCUGGAACGAGAUAACAUGCAGAAAGCAGAGUUCCUCAAGGCAUUGGGAGGAAUGUGGAGUGGAUUCGAUGGACGCAUUUUGCGGUACAAGGUGCUACCCCCUCUCGCAAUUGAGCUGCGAAACGAGGCAAUGCAAGUUCUGGUCCUUCCUAUGAUAAUGGCCAUCGCAGAGGCUCAGGAUGCGCGCAACUUUGAGAUUAUGAUUCUCCCAAGUCUCGUGCCAGCAAUGCAGACGGCCGCCGGAGACAUGUUGCUGCUAAUGCUGAAGCAUGCGGGAACGGUGGCUGAAAAGAUAUCCGGAGAUGUGAUAAAGAAUCACCUGCUGCCGAUGAUGAUGAGGGCAUAUGAAGACUCCGAUAUUCGAGUUCAAGAGGAGGCAUUGAAGAGGACAAUUGCCGUGUUAAACAAGCUAGACUACCAGUCUGUCAAACAAGCUGUGUUGCCGCGUGUACACGGAUUGGCGCUGAAGACAGCUUCUGCAGCGGUCAGAGUUCAUGCACUUAUCUGCUUGGGCCAGCUCUGCCAGCGUAUGGACAGGCCAGCUGUGAUGGAAGUUCUUUCGACGUGCGCAAGAUGCAUGGCAGUUGAUCGAUCCGCACCCACGUUGAUGUGCAUUCUGGGAGUUGGAGAUAUAGUCUCGAAGCAGUUUGGUCCAGAAUUCGCAGUGGAGAGUGUGUUGCCGUUGCUCGUCCCGUCGUUGAGUGCACCCAGCCUCAACCCUGAACAGUUCUCCAAGUACAUUGGUGUUAUCCGCGAUGUGCUGAGGAAAAUUGAGGAAAAGCGUUCUCUGAAUAUCACCGAAACCGUCCGCAGAACAAAUGACACUUCUGGAAUGGGAGCCAUGAUGUCAAAUGCAAACGGACCGGUUGCGUCAAAACCGCCACCCACGAGUUCUGCUAGACAGUCACUGGCUUGGGAUGUCGAGGACUGGACCGCCUCCUCGAAGCCGGCUCUGCCUGCACUGGAGUAUCAUGGGGUAGGAGACGCACAAUCGUUGAGUGGAGAUCAAGCGCUUGCAUCGUCGUCUUAUCGACCGAGCUCGUCGUCUUUCGAUCAGCAGCCAGGAGGGGGGAAUUCCUUUGGCGUUCCCUCAAGUGUUUCACAGCCGAUGAAUGCCCAAGGCAUUGGACAACCAGCGCACCGGCUGAGCGGUUCCAAGGGAGGAGGCGGUGGCAUCGGGGAUUUUGAGUGGCCACCACCUUCUCAGUCUUCCAUGGGAAUGAAUGCCAAAGCCUCUCCUACUCGUCCUGGGACCGGGCCCGCUGCUCCUGGAAUAACCUGGGACAUGUAUGGUCUGGGUAAGCCUGGUAUUGUCGGAGGAGCUGGUGGCAUGAACAGCAGCACAGCUGCUCCGGCAACCGGAACAGCAGACGCAGAUGACCCUUUCGCCAACUGGCCUCCAAGGACAGGAACUUCAGGAAGCGGCGUCUCCGGAGGAGCGACUUCAACCAAUAGCGGGACCAUCUCGUCUGGAAAUCGGAUGGCCAGCAGCGGUGGUGGCAUCGGCAGUUUGAAUCUCGGGAGCUUGGGGUUGGGAAGGGGGGGUGCUGCCAUGGGGCAACAAACACCAGGCUUGGGAAGCAGCAUGCAGCCGAGUAUGCCGGGUAGUAUUGGGAGUGGGCGGAGCGUAUCAUCACCUUUAACGGCUGCAGGUCGGCCAGAUGAGCUUGGCACGCUGUUUACAUCGGGGCAACAAUCUCAAACAGCAGCGCCCAUGAGGCUGCAGCCCCCUCCCAUUCGAGUGAAUCCGCCACCGACUAGGAGCGCACCACAGCCGCCUUUGCUGGAUUUGCUGUAAUGCAGGGGAGUAUUGGGAGUGGGCGGAGCGUAUCGUCGCCUUCAACGACUGCAGGUCGGUGAGAUGAGUUCGGCUCGCAGUUUACAUCGGGCCAACAAUCUCAAACGGCAACUCCCCUGAGGCUGCAUCCCCCUCCCAUUCGAGUGAAUCCGCCACCAAACAGGAGCGCACCAUAGCCGCCUUUGCUGGAUUUUCUGUAAUGCGGUGUAGUAUUGGGAGUGGGCAGAGCAUAUCAUCACCUUCAACAGGUCGGCCAGAUGAGUUUGGCUUGCUGUUUACAUCGGGCCAACAAUCUCAAACAGUGGCUCCCAUGAGGCUGCAGCCCCCUCCCAUUCGAGUGAAUCUGCCACCGAAUAGGAACGCACCGCAGCUGCUUUUGCUGGAUUUGCGGUAAUGCAGGGGAGUAUUGGGAGUGGGCGGAGCGUAUCGUCGCCUUCAACGACCGCAGAUUGGCCAGAUGAGUUUGGCUUGCUGUUUGCAUUGGCCUGACAAGCUCAAACAUCAGCUCCCAUGAGGCUGCAGCCCCCUCCCAUUCGAGUGAUUCGGCCACCGAAUAGGAACCACCUUUGUUGGAUUUGCUGUGAUGCUGGGUAGUAUUGGGAGUGGGCGGCUGCAGCCCCCUCCCAUUCGAGUGAAUCUGCCACCACAUAGGAGCGCACCACAGCCUCCUUUGCUGGAUUUGUUGUAAUGCUGGGUAGUAUUGGGAGUGGGUGGAGUGUAUAAUCACUGCCUUCAGCGCCUGCAGGUUGGCGAGACGAGUUCGGCUCGCUGUUUACAUUGGGCCAACAAUCUCAAACGGCAACUCCCCUGAGGCCGCAGCCCCCUCCCAACCAGUUGAAUCGGCCACCGAAUAGGAGCGCGCCACAGCCGCCUUUGCUGGAGUUGCUGUGAACCGAAUAAGCGUGCUGUUGCGAGAAACGUAUCAGCUGAGGAUGCUCUUUGCUGUGGGAAUGGAGUGGAUGGUGCCGGCAAUGGGACGGCAUGUCCUGGCAGACUGACAUGUGAUGCAUUUGGAGGAGAGGAACCCGUGCUCAGCAGGCAGAUCGACAAACUUGCAUCGGUAAGCAGGGUGGCACUGCUACCAAGGGUUUUCUUGUUAUCUCGUUUCCCUCCUUUGCCGUAUAAUCUAUACAUAUAUAUUAACACUGUUUAUACAUUUGUUCAUAUAUUCCUUCUUUCAGGCGUUUUAACGUGUAGUGAUUUGAAUUCGCGCGACAAGCUGAAAUCAGGUGUGCUGCGAUGUUUUGAUAAGAGCUGAUUGCGGCAUCUGUCUAUCCUCCACAUACCUUUCACGACCGCCCUGGUACCGUGACGAGUGCCUGUUUUCGGUUGCUCCAUGCACUGGAGUGAAGAUCAGAUGAUCACACAUGGCUUUUUGUUCCCUCUCUCUUCAGGGGUUGGCAUGAUUUUCCGGGGGGUAGUCUAGGGGAUGGCACAAUUUGUCAGUAGGUAGUGCAGGUCGGGGACGUAUUAGGUAGUCUACGUGUCCCACGCCCCGGUCCCGACACCAGGAGGCUCUGGUACCAAAUUGAAAUGGAGGUGCUCGCUUGAGCUCGCGUCUUUAUUUCACGGAUAUACCACAAUGCCAUGUGGAUCGUAUCAAUGUCCGCCACGUGUGUUUACUUUUCAAGCUUGUUUUGGGACCUGGUUUUGGGACCUGGGUUCGGGACCCGGGUUUGGGACCUGGUUUUGGGACCUGGUUUUGGAACAGGAAGAAUUUAUUAUUUACAGAUUACUUUUAUGGUCGCACGAACGUUGAGAGGCUAGGUGGCAUUAGAUAGCUGUUUCAGGGAGAGUUUAGAGUUUCGCCAUUCAUUGUUCUGUCAAGUUGUGUUAACCUUUUCAGUGUUUUCGGCAACUUUUCGCAGAUUUCUCUGUGAUUUUAGUAAUGCAUUGCAGGUUCUGCUAGGUUUCCGAUGAAACUUCGGGGAAGCUUCGCGUAAAGCUUCGGAUAA